UUUGAGCCUGAGUCACUGCCCUGAAGUCACUCUGAGAAACAGCAUCACACGUCUCUGCUUCAGGCAGGACAACACCGACAGCAUGGGAACCAUGGGCUUACACAGGAUCAAACUUUUGCUUUUAUUUACCUUUACAGGGGUAUGUACAGCUCAAAAUGACAUCACUCUGUCCGUAUUUACGGUGACAUCAAAGAGCAUGACGGUGCAGUGGAGCGGCCACUCCGGUGCCAGCUCCUACAAGAUCACAGCAACCCCCAAGAACUCUCCCGAGCAGCCGGUCUUUGCCCAGUUCAGCGGCAACACGGUGAUGGGCUCGGUGAACUCGCUGUCACCAAACACAGUGUACACCAUGCAGCUGGAGGCCAUGGACAAUGCGCUCAAUGUCCUGAGCAGCGCAGAGACGGUGGAGACAACAGCUCCUGAUGUUCCGAGCAUUGAUCAGGCCUACUCCAAAACCAGCAACAGCAUCACUGUUGAGUUUGCGCGAGUUUCUGGGGCAACCAGCUACAUCCUGAGGGCAGAGUCAAAGACGGGGGAUUUCUUCUUAGAGAUGGCCGUGACAGACUCCCCGGGUACCGUGGUGGGCCUCCAGCCUUACACGGAUUACAUUCUGAGCGUCAUGUCUGUCAACUCAGGGGGGAGGAGCCAGCCAUCAUACCCCAUCGAGGCCAGGACAGUUAUCAUUGCCCCCAAGUUGAACACAUCCUCCGCCAGCAACGACUCCAUCCUUGUGACCUGGCCACCGGUGGAGCACGCCAUCCUCUACAAGCUGAUUAUGAUCCGAGAAGGCUCCAGCACCCGCCUUGUACUUAACACCACUGACACCACGGUGAAGUUUGACAACCUUGAAUCGGGAACUUCCUACUGUAUCAAGGGCAUGGCAUGGGAUGCUGAGGGUCGGAUCGGUGACGACCUCACCGUCUGCCAGAUUACACGUCCUCAAACCCCAGAUGUGACUCACGUCCAGGUGACCCCUGGCCGAUCUCUUGGAAUCGCUGUUUACUGGAUGAUGGUGCAGGGGGCUACCAGCUACAUGGGCUUGACCUCCAAUGGCCAAAACUGUAGCACAAAAGACAGUUACUGCUACAUCCUACCUCAGGAGUGCGGUCAGAACCACUCUGUCUACGUCAUAGCCUACAACGAGGCUGGACCCAGCAGCCCCUCACAACCAGCUGCCUAUAUUACAUACCCAUGUCCCACAGAGAACAUCUGGGUGGAGGAACCCACUGCUGGGAACUGCUCAGUGGUGUGGGAGAAUGUACCCUUGGUGGACUACUACGUGGCUUUCAUAAAGAGGGAUGAUGGGACAGAGAAGUCUUGUAACACCACAAAGACCACCUGCCAGUUCUUCUGCAUGUGUGGCUACACGUACCUCACCAGCGUGUUCCCUUACAACCAGGCUGGCACCAGCCUCUUCGCACAUGUCCUCAACUACACAACCAUUCCUUGUUGUCCACAGGAUGUGACCGUAAAGUUGGUGUCCACAGAGACACUUGAGGUCAUGUGGUCGCCGGUCAAAGGGGCCGAGCUGUAUGAGACCACAGCGGCGCAUACUAACAACGUGCUACACUGUAACGACACGUCGCCGGUGUGUGCUCUCUCAGACCUGAGCUGCAACACCCCUUACUCUGUGACGGUGACCCCCUGCAGCGAGCUACGAGGAUGCAAUAACACGUGCACACCACACAAACAUGAGACAGCUCCCUGUGCUCCAGAGAUCCUGGAUAUGACACAGACUACCAACUCCACAUAUAGAGUCCUGAUAACUACCCCAAACUCUCCCAGUACAAACUACACCAUCACCGCGACAGGACGCUACGACAAAUACUUGUGCCAGUCGAUAAACAAUUCAUGUGAAUUCACGCAGCUGCCCUGCGGCUCCAUUUAUGAGGUCAUAGCUGUGGCCACCACAGCAGUCGGGAAAAGUCUGCCUGGAUACAGUAAAACUCUGGAAACAGGUCCUUGCUGCCCCUCAACUGUGAACGUGACCCAGGUCACCCAGGCUAUGACCAAUGUAACCUGGUCGCCCGGCACCGGAGCCCGCUCCUACAUAGCCACCCUGAGGUCCCCACGUGGGGAAGCCAAAUGUCAUACCCUGGACUCCCACUGCCUGAUGGGGUGCAUUACCUGUGGCACCAACUAUAGCGUCUACAUGGAUGCCAUCAGCAGCACGGGACACAAGUCCCUGUGCCAAUAUCAAGGAUUCUCAACCAGUGCGUGCUGUCCAACAGGGGUCAAGCUCUAUCGCCGCACUAACAACUCACUCAGGGUGUACUGGCGUUCUUCAAGCCCUCAGGCAUACAAUCAUACAGUGGAGCUGUAUGGGACAGGGGCCAAUUAUACCUGCUUCGCGGCCACAGGCAGCAUGUACUGCGACAUCCAGGAGGGAACCUGCGGGGACGUCUACAGGGUAGUCGUAGCACCAGUGGAAAAGUACGGGGUCAAAGUGACCUUCUGCCUGCCUAGGACAUACUCAGUUCCAUGUCCAGGAAGUAAUGCUGGUAUGGUUAUCUCUCGGAGAAGACGAAGUGUAAAGUAACGGAGGGGAGGUCGUCUAGCGCCAUCACAAAAUGGACAAAUGGCUAUGUUUACACCAACGGAGACUGAAAGGAUUCAUGAAAAAUAUUACAUCUUGUUUAAAAUCUCAGAGAAACUUUUGCAAGACAAAAUUACACAUAUAAAGAUAAUGAAUUAAAAGUACAAUAGUACCAAAGCCAUACAACACAGAAUGACUGGGAGCUUUGGAGGAAUGCUCCCAGCUGUGAGAAUUUUUGUUGUAGGAUGUCUAAAUCAUAUUUUUAAUUUUGCUGAUUAAGAAGAAAUGUUUGUUUAACCUUUACACAUUGGAGCUGUGAUUUUCUAUAAAAUAAUGAACUGAGACAUGUAAUGACAUGUAGUAAAAUAAAAAAGCUCCUAUAAUGGAAAGAAUAUGAAGGUCCCAACACAUACAUAAGUGUUAUGUGCCACUUUUUACUAUUAUUCAAAAAAUAUGAUUGACUUUAUCAUGCCUAAUGACUAAAUGACAACAUAAGUAGUAAAAAAUGAUAUUCUAGGACCUCCCCAAGUAGAAGGCCUCCACGUGGCUGCAGUAUGACACAUCUCUGGCUGGUGGACCUGACUACCAAACUGGAACAGAUGGCAUCAAUCCCGUCCGCUCGGAGUCAUGUGUGCACGGUCUAGUGGAUGAUACAUCUGAUCAAAUUCCUAGAGACAGACUCAGUGUCACCUUUGUUUUCACUGAAUAUGUUUGUGCUUGUUUGACAGAUGAAAUCAAUAAAGUUUAUGUUUUUGCAUCACAAAA